CAAGUGUGCGCACGGUACCUCCCACUGGUCCCCCCUGAGCCGCUGUUCGACUGGACUUGUGGAAACCGAGCUCUGAAAUGAAGGUCUUGCUUCUCCUUCUACUGGCCGCAGCUGCCUAUGGGCAGGUACCGGAACCAUGCAGAGCGCCGAGUGUCUUUGAGUCGAACAUUGGAAUGCAGUGGAUUGGUCAUUCCUUGACAAAGACUGAUGCUGUGCAGUCGAAAAUUUGGCAAGACAGCACGAGGGGGUCCUAUGUGCGCGCCAAGCUGUCGUACGACCGCUACAACAUGCGCAUCCGCAGGAUCGAGGAGGUCGACGAGAGGAUGGAGAAAGAAUUCUUUGAUGUGUUGUACCUGCUCAAUACCAUGCCGGGUAAAGAAUACCGCUUCAACCUGAGGACCAAGCAGUGCGUGACCCGGGAACUGAACUACGCCUUCCGGCCCAUCGAAAUCCCCCCGAACGCUACACAUAUGGGUGACUUCACCAUUGGUACCAAGGGGGCCCCGCACGAGGGAGUCGAAGUUAGUUUGUGGGGGGAUCGGAACCGAGAGGAGGGUGCUGAAUGGGUCGGUUCGUUCACCAGCACUGGCUGUGUCCCCGUCAGCGACAUGUUCUACAGCAACAGGACUGGCAGGGUGACGACGGAAUUCUUUGACGUCACCCUGGGCAUCGCCGAUGCUAACGUCUUCAUCCCACCCAGAGAAUGUAUGGGGCCUCCUCCUCCACCUCCUCCGCCAUGAGGACAGCAAAAUGCAUAUCUUCUGUAGUGGUGGAGCAAGAGGAAUCCUCUUUCGAAUAGCUGUUCCGUUUAUCUCUUCGUUCGAAUACCUGUUCCAGUGAUAUCUGCGUUCGAAUACCUAUUCGAUUCAUCUCUGCGUUCUAACAUUUGUUCGAUUUAUCUCCACAUUCGAAUACCUGUUCUAUUUACCUAUACGUUCGAUGAAUAGGUUAUGACCCUAGAUAUCUCAUACUGUGCUAGAGAUAACAAUCCUCUACAUCCAUGUUUACGUGGUUGCAUUGUAUUCCUACAACUUUUACAAAAUUUGAAGCACCUUC